UUUUUUUCUCGUUUCUUCUCGUUUGCUAUUUUCAACUUGAAGGUGGCCGGUCUCUACUUCUCGGGAAUUCAGCGUGUCGUCUGAGUCGGCGCUGUUCCCCGGGUCCCCCCCAGACAAAAAAUCUGAUUGAACGGGCGUGCGCAAGCAUGACGACGGCGACUCAAAACCCUGUCACAGAUUACAUCCCACCAGAAAUCAUCGAUGCAAUCAUCGACUGUCUCUGGGAUGACAAGGACACCCUGCUCGCCUGUUCUUUCGUUUGUCGGCUGUUCUGCCCUCGGACGCGGGUACAUCUCUUCCACACACUAGGGUUAAAAUUCAACGGAGCCCUGAACAUCGAUCCCGGGGAUCCUUCCUUCAAAAGGGUUGUCGAAUACAUAAAGGAAGUAAAGCUCCAAAGCGUCGCCCAUGAUGUGCAAGACCUACCAGUAUCUUCCAUUACCUCAUUCCUUUCCUCUCUGCCAAACCUAGCCUCCCUUUCUCUCAUGCUCAUCUUCUUUCAAGACCCAUCGCACCUCCACUCCCUUAUCUCCCAUCUGCCCGGACUGACAGAUCUCGAUUUGAAAAACGUGUUUUUUAGCUGUCACAGCAUAUCGGAAGACCUAAGUUCCGAGUCUUUCGAAUUUCCGACGAUCAAGAGGAUAUCGUUAUAUGGGACAUUCUUCAAUGAAUCUAUCGUCGAAUCACUCUUUCACCGGGGAGACCUACGAUCAAUCUAUGUCGACUCUCUCCGUGAGCUCCACAUUUACUAUCCCUCGGCUGAAUAUCUUCCAUCCAUAUGCACCUUCAUCCGUGCGGCACCGAGCUCUUGGAAGAGUUUUGAUAUUCGUUUCCGUUACGGAGCUUAUACGCCCGGUUCGUGGUCAAGGUGGCCAGCUCACCCGACGCUCCCUCUGACCAUGUCAACUCUCCAUGUCGAGAUGAAAUGUGAUCUGUACUGCGAUUGGCAUAUCAGGGUCAUGAGGUGGUUGGUACAUUCUAUCUCGGGCGCGACAGAUCCCGUCAGGCUGGAGACGCUGACACUGACAAUCAUACCCCCAUAUAACCAUGACGGAGAACACGCGAACUGGGAAGACGAAGACUGGGCAGCGCAAUGGUCCAGCCUUGACCAAGCUCUCGCUCAUUCAGAAAUGUCGUCGUUUCGUCUUUUGAAGGUUGCAUUCAGACUGCGCCCUACAGACUUCAGUCCAUGGAGAGGACCGUACUCUAGAGAGUGGGUGAAAGGAAAACUGCCACUCUUGGAGGAGAACGAUAUGCUAGAGGUGAAUAUUAUCGAAAAUCAUAUAUUGUAGGCUUCUGCGAACAGCCUAAUCUAAAGAAGAUGAUCGCGACGCUUAAUCGGUGCCAUGAUUCACUAAUAAAUCUCUGCUUCUGCAACCUGCACCGACAAACAGGUCAGCAUCUCAUUUUGGAGAGCAAAAGCAGAAAGUUACCUCACAACUUCAUCGGUUCUCUCUCCAUAUCUUUGGCCUCCUCCCUCACGAUAGAAUAAGCCGUAAACCCGAUGGACCCAGCGAGAGGAACCCCAAUGUAUUUUAGCUUGAUAAUGAGUAACGAUGCAUAAAACGCG